AUGAAGCGCGUUGAAAUCACCGCGCCCGGUGUUUUGUCGUGGGUCGAUCACCCGACACCCGUAGCUGGCCCCAAAGAUGUCCUCCUCAAGAUCAAAGCCUGCGGUAUCUGCGGCUCCGACAGCCUGUACACGGAUCAUGGCGGUAUCCCGCCCUAUCAGGGCUGCACACCCCUCGGUCACGAACCGGCAGGAGAAGUGGCAGAAAUCGGAAAGGAUAUUGAAUCACCAGAUGUCGAUGUUGGCGACCACGUUGUGGUAGACACGAUGGUUUUUCAGGACGGCCUGCUCGGGUCGGGCGGUGCGCAGGGUGCGCUGUGCGAGUACGUCGUCAUCUACAACUACGAGCCACGGAAGCACCUGAAGAAGAUUCCGAAGAGCAUACCCUGGCACAUUGCGGCACUAAACGAGCCCAUGGCGGUCGCCCUGCACGCAGUAAACAGGACGAGCCCGAAACCGGGCUGCAAGGUUGUCGUUUUUGGCGCAGGGCCUAUCGGUUUGGGCGCGGUUUUGGGGUAUCGCAGAAAGGGAGCAAGCCACAUCGUUGUCAUAGACGUUGUCAACGCGAGGCUCGAAAAGGCUCUCAAAGUCGGUGCCGACGCCGUCAUCAACUCAGCAGAGGCAGAAGACUUGGCCGCGAAGCUA